AUGGUUCCCCACUGGAUGUCAUUUGUUACUGUCGCAUGUAUUGUUGUCACUGUCGCAUCGUCUUCGUCAAGCCAGCAGCAAUUCCUCGACUCCAGUCUCAACGAUUCGGCCUGGCAGAAGCAUGUAAGGUCCCCUUCCCGUAGAAGUAUAGCACCUGUCGGCAUUUUGUCUCAAUAUUCUGCCGGCAACGUGUCGAACGAGGAUGGGCUGGUUGGGGCUAGUGCUGGCCCAACUGUUCUCACCCGCCUAGGAGCCGAAGAGGACGUGCCCACCGUUGUUAUCGACUUUGGUCAGAAUGUUGCAGGGCUCUUGUCCAUCAGCUUUGCUGGAUCCCAAAGUACCGGUGAGGGCCUUCCUGGUCUUGUUCUGGCCUUCUCCGAGACAUUGCAAUACCUCACAGACCGGAGCGACUUUACCAGAUCCGACAACGCUGGUGGUAUUGCCGUCGAAUCAGAUCCGUAUACUUGGGUGAAUCAGCUAGGCUGUGAACAUGGCAACCAGGUGUGUGCAGACGGACUUCACGGCUUUCGCUAUGUGAAAAUCCGCAUGGGAGCCUUGCCUGAAGAUGCACCCUAUACCUCGACCUUUGGUUCCGUAUCUAUCUCCUCGAUUAGCCUUAUAUACUCUGGCUAUCUUGGCACGCCUGACACUUUUACUGGACACUUUGAAUGCUCCGAUGCCAACAUCACGCAAUGGUGGUACGACGCAGUCUACACAAAUGAUAUAUGUACAGACGUCUUCCUGGCCAACAAUACCGAACCUCGAGGUGCAGCAAGUCCUUCGCUGUUGGGAAAGCUUGUGCUGCACGACGGGGCAAAGAGAGAUCGUGAUCCCUACAUCGGUGACCUUGCGGUGUCGGCUCUAACGACAUAUCUCUCACACGAUGCACCGGAAGCCGCCAGAAAUGUCCUCGAAGACCUGGCGCUACAUCAACGUGACGAUGGCUGGAUCCCGCCUGCUAGCAUAGUCCUGGACGUCUUUUACGUCUCACACAUGAAUCCGGAAACAUCUCUAAUUGAACGUCCCGGUGGUGCGGGCGAUUACGCAUUUCUUCCCAGGACAGGGCCGGUCACAUACUACAAUGCCCUCUAUGUGCACGCUCUGAUACAGGCCGCCAUUCUCGCAGACACUCUCGAGUAUCUUGAUGACAGCUCACGAUGGCGAUCCCGUGCUGCUAUCAUUGGACCUUCCCUCAUCCAACGCAAUUUUGACAACGACGCGGGCGCUUUCUUUGAUGGCGGCUCGUGCUCCAGCAUGCCUAUCUGCCCGACCCAUGCUCAGGAUGGCAAUAGCCUCGCUAUCCUUUCUGGUGUUGUCCCCGUGGGACCCUUUUCCAAUAGUAGUAUGGCCGAGUCUAUACUGUCCUAUCUCAACCGAACAAUGGCAAGACCGUACGGAAACGCUUUUUACGACAACAAUCUUUUGGACCCUGGAAGUGACUAUGCGAACCGGGUAUACGCGUUUAUCUCUUAUUUUGAAGUUGCUGCUCGUUUUAAAGCAUCGCCAGAAACCGCCCAGAGCGCACUUGAAGAGCUGAGAAGACUUUAUGGCUGGAUGUCGACCCACGAUCCUACCGUGACUUUUUGGGAGGGUAUUGGAGCCGACGGUGCGCCCUACGAGGGUGGGUUUACAUCCAUGGCUCAUGGGUGGUCCACCGGUAUCGUACCGCUUCUGAUGAAUUUUGUUAUUGGCGUUUCCCCCACCGCCCCUGGCUUCCGGGAGUGGAAUUUGAGGCCCGUGUUAGACACGAUUGACCUCACAUGGGCUAGUGCUCUUGUGCCGACGCCAAGUGGAGGAAUCUGGGUUCAGUGGGAGAAACUUGCGGAUGGCUUUACGCUCUUGGUAGACUCUCCUGCAACUACAAAAUGCACUAUUUCAGUGCCUUUCGUGGCGGGAGCCUCUCAUACCGUCAGUGUUGAUGGCACCGUUGUUUACGACGAGGAAACGGAGCACUUUGUGAGUGGUACAGGCUACCACAAUGGGUACAUAACAAUGUCGCUUAGGGGCGGCAAACACAUUGUGUCUGUAAAGUGA